AUGAAACAUGAUAUCAAUAAUGACAAUAGCGAGAUACCUCAUCUCAAUGAGUUUCAAUUAGCUCUAGUUGCUCCUCAACAAGCACUUUCGCAACUUCGGUCCGCAAAAAGCAUACUAUCUGAAUUGUUGCCAAAGAGGCUGGCCGUCUCGCCUGCGCCUGAAGAAGAUGAACCAAAAAGGCUAGGUGCGAGAGCUCCACUAGAAGACGAGCUAAAUAAGCUUGGAGCAGGGGCUGGACCCGACCCAGAACCGGAGAUAGAGGCGUGCGCAGCGGCCGAAGCAGAUCCGAAUAGGCUCAGGGAGGUGGCGGCGCCCGUGGCUGAUGACGACCCGAAUAUGGACGGGGCGCCAAAAGGAGCGGCGGCGGCGGAAGAGGACGCACUUAAGAGGGAGGAGCCGCCAAAAAUGGAGAGGUGUGGGGGGACCGAAGUCGCGGAGCCGAAGCCAAAAGUAGGCGCGGAUGAUGCGGAGCUAGGGGUAUUAGAGUCAUUUCCCCCGAAUUUUAAAAGAGCCUCCACCGAACUGCAACUCCACAGGCACAAACUCCAAACCACCGCUGGCGCUGGCGAAAACAUGGACUACAAGCAGAGACUAAUCGUGGCAGCGAGGUGCGUCCAUGAAGGGGACUCACGCGCCGCCGAGGGAGCACGUUUCGACACCUCCGAGAUCGAGAUAACGGCGGAGCUCAAGCCCCAUCAAGUCGAAGGUGUUUCGUGGCUCAUCCGGCGGUACCAUCUCGGAGUCAACGUCAUACUCGGCGAUGAGGUGAGUUCUUUACUCUUUCUUUCAAAGUAUAUUGUACUGGCAGUGGAAGGUGACAGUUGGCGGGAAUCGAGUCAUAGCUGUGAUGGGACUGGGGAAGACUCUGCAGGCUAUCUCUUUUUUGAGUUAUCUCAAAAUAUGUCAGAAGUCCCCUGGUCCAUUCUAUUUUGGAUGCUACGUGCAGUGGUGUUGUGCCCUCUUAGCGUGACUGAUGGUUGGGUGUCUGAAGUGGCCAUCUUUGCUCCAAAACUGAGACUGAUUCGUUAUGUUGGAGAUAAAGAACAUAGACGUAAACUGCGUUGCGAAAUGCAUGAAUAUGUCAACAAGAUGCAUGUCCCAGCAUUGCCAUUCGAUGUGCUUUUGACAACUUAUGACAUAGCAUUAAUUGAUCAGGACUUCCUCUCGCAAUUCCAAUGGCAUUACACAAUAAUUGACGAGGCACAGAGACUCAAGAGUCCUUCCAGUGUAUGCUUCUCCUUGGCGAAAUUCCAACAGGUUCUCUAUGCAGUUUUAAGAGACCGGUUUAUCAUGCCACGAAAAUUGCUAAUGACUGGAACACCCAUUCAGAACAAUCUCGCCGAGCUUUGGGCUUUGAUGCACUUUUGUAUGCCUAUGAUCUUUGGAAAGCUGGAGCAGUUUUUAUCUUACUUCAAGGAAGCUGGAGAUCCUUCAUGUCAAGAUGCAGCAAAAAAGAGAGAACAAUUUAAGAUCUUAAAAUACUUGCUUGGAGCAUUUAUGCUUCGGAGGACCAAGUCUAAACUUAUGGAGUCUGGAACUCUGCUGCUGCCCCCUGUUACUGAAAUUACUGUAAUGACUCCUUUGACUCCUCUACAGAAGAAGGUUUAUGUGUCUAUACUGAGGAAGGAACUCCCCAAGCUGGUUGCACUUGCUUCGGGAGCUUCUAAUGCGCAAUCGUUGCAAAAUAUUGUAAUUCAGCUUCGGAAAGCAUGUAGUCACCCGUACCUUUUCCCAGGUAUUGAGCCCGAACCGUAUCAGGAAGGCGAGCAUCUGGUUCAGGCUAGUGGUAAGCUUCUAAUUUUGGAUCAGCUACUUCAGAAGCUACACGACUCUGGGAAUCGAGUUCUCCUGUUUGCUCAGAUGACUCAUACACUCGAUAUAUUACAGGACUUUUUAGAAAUGAGGAAACUCACUUAUGAGCGUCUUGAUGGUUCAAUUCGAGCGGAGGAGAGAUUUGCUGCAAUCAGAAGUUUUAGUCAAAAAUCUGCAAUAAAAACUGCUGCUGCUGAUGAUACCGAACAGAUUAAACCAUUUGUCUUUUUGAUCUCUACACGAGCUGGGGGAGUGGGCUUAAAUCUUGUGGCUGCUGAUACAGUCAUAUUUUACGAGCAAGAUUGGAAUCCCCAAGUGGAUAAGCAGGCCCUGCAGCGUUCACACAGAAUCGGACAAAGCAAUCAUGUGCUGUCCAUUAAUUUAGUCACUGGGCGUACGAUCGAGGAGGUUAUCAUGCGUAGAGCACAAAGGAAGUUACAGCUGAGUCAUAAUGUCAUAGGCGACAACAACGCGGAUGAUGAAAUAAAUAAUAAUGGAGGAGCUGAAGCUGGUGAUCUGAAAUCUAUCGUGUUUGGUCUGCAUGUUUUUGAUCCUAUGGAAAUGAAUACUGCAAAAUCAGACGAUCAAUUAAAUUCAGGGGAAAUGAGUGCUUUGGCUGAAAAGGUUAUUGCCUCCCGCCAAGAUUUACAGUCGGAUGGUAAAGAUAUAGUCAUGAAUGAGGAUAUUCAACCUAUCGACUUUAGUACCACCCUCAAUGAGGCUUCAUAUAUGUCGUGGGUGGAAAAGUUCAAGCAAGCGACACCUGGUGAUGGGGUUGAAAUACUGGAAUCAGGAAAUAUGAGACGAUUGCCCGAUGAGAAGAACGUUAAAUCCGAAGCUUCCCGCAAGAAGGCUGAGGAGAAAAAGUUAUCUAAAUGGGAAGCUCAAGGAUAUCAUUCGUUGUCUGUCAGCAUUCCUGAAGGGCCCACGGAGCGCGAUGUGAUGUCAAAUUCUGGCUCAGUUCAUUUUGUUUAUGGGGACUGCACGGAUACUGCCACUGUUUGUCCAUCAGAACCUGCUAUUAUAUUCAGCUGUGUUGAUAAUUCUGGAAACUGGGGUCAUGGAGGCCUGUUUGAUGCUCUGGCCAGGCUGUCACCUGCAGUUCCAAAUGCAUAUGAGCAAGCUUCAGAAUUUGGGGAUCUCCAUCUGGGUGACCUACAUCUCGUACAAAUAAAUGAGGACAACGAUCAUGUGAGUACUCAGACCAAUGCUCCUCAAUGGGUAUCUUUAGCCGUUGUGCAGUCAUAUAAUCCUAGGCGUAAAGUCCCCCGCAGUGGCAUCUCUAUCGAUGAUUUGGAAGUUUGUCUUGCAAAAGCAUCGUUUUCAGCUUCUCAACAUUCAGCUUCAAUCCACAUGCCACGGAUUAAUUAUCAAGGCACUUCAGAUCGUUCAGAAUGGUACACUGUCGAGCGCCUGCUGCGAAAAUAUGCUGCUUUGUACGGCAUAAAUUUCUAUGUUUAUUAUUACCGACGUGCGGCUUGAAGCAUCCAGCCUUACUGCACUAGUCUACGGCACAUUUGACUAAAGUUGACAUGUACUCUGGUACCGAUUUCUAUGUUUGCAUGUACUAUUUCUUCUAGGCACCUCUUACUAAGUUGGCAUUUGUUAAAUGCUGAUUACCUGAUAGCUGGUGCUAGUGAUUAUAUUAGGCUCUUUUGUUGUGAUUGAUAUAAAUAUUUGUAUUGGUCUUUAAUGUGUAUGUACUAGUAUACAUGUGUAUAUCUUGAAAAGAUGGCAGUUAAUUACUUUGUGAUUAACGACUAAUUGAUUAUACAUGGGCUCAAUAUCAGAUUUGAUGUCAUGAUUGAACACAAAUUAUUAUAAUAGAAGUUAUAGAGGCAUAUGUUGACAGAUACUUUUUUUUAUUAGUGAUGUCAAGAAUUUUGUAUAGCAGUUGCCACUUGUGGUUAAUUAAUUGUACAUGAGACAUCAAGUGACUCACACACACACACACAGAGCCCUGUGGGAGAUUAGGAGCCUGUUUGUGCUUGGCUGAGAAUGCUAAUGCUUUUUUUAAUUGUAUAAUAGUCUGUGACAAUUGCAAACACUACUAUUCACUACAUUUAAGCAUAAUUACAACAAAGUUCCAUUAAUUUUCCAAAAUCAACUAGAACUCUUUCUUUUGAAAAUUUUACACAGUUGACGGAUAAACUUGCAACAUAUAAUUGCUGAAAGUUUUGUAAAUGCCAAAUGAGAAAUUUGUAGUUUCAAAAGAUGGCUAGUUUCUCUUUUCUCUUUCCUUUUUCAAUUGUUAAGCUAAACCCCAAAAGUAGCUCUUGCAAUUUUCAUUCUGCAUUCUUCUCUUGCUCCGCUUAAUUCAUAGUUCAAUGCCAUAUGAUAAUUACUCCCAUGUUUGAGUUGUUUAAAACAUCAUGUAAAGUACUUUUGGAGCAUAGUGUGAAGUACUUACAUAAGAUGUUCAGAAUAAUUGUAGGAAAACAUCUUCUAAGUCAUAAGCUUAGCACGCACACACACACACACACACAAGAAGCACCCAACAGCUUUCAGACAUGAACACCACAG